CCCUUGCCGCCGGAGGGAGGGAGGGAGGGAGGCCGGCGGCCCGCCUGAUGGAGCCCGCGGAGGCCGGCCGGGCAGGCGGCCCCGGCGGCGGGGAAGCGGCCCCGGGCCCAGCCGGCAUCCGCGAGGGCUGGUUCCGCGAGACCUGCAGCCUCUGGCCCGGCCAGGCCCUCUCCUUGCAAGUGGACCAAGUCCUGCACCACCGGCGCUCGCCCUUCCAGGAGAUCCUCGUCUUCAGGAGCAAAACGUACGGGAAUGUCUUAGUCCUUGAUGGUGUGAUCCAGUGCACGGAGAGAGAUGAGUUUUCGUACCAAGAAAUGAUCGCCAACCUGCCUUUGUGUAGCCAUCGAAAUCCACGCAAGGUGCUCAUAAUUGGGGGCGGCGAUGGGGGCGUCCUCCGCGAAGUGGUGAAGCAUCCGUCCGUGGAGUCCGUGAUACAGUGUGAAAUCGACGAGGAUGUGAUAGAGGCAUCCAAGAAAUACCUCCCGGGCAUGGCGGUGGGAUACUCCAGCCCAAAACUCACCCUGCACGUUGGGGAUGGCUUUGAGUUCAUGAAACGCAACCAAGAGGCAUUUGACGUGAUCAUCACGGACUCCUCCGACCCCAUGGGUCCUGCAGAGAGCUUAUUCAAAGAAUCGUACUACCAGCUGAUGAAGACAGCUCUAAGGGAAGACGGCAUUCUUUGCUGCCAAGGAGAAUGUCAGUGGCUGCACCUCGACCUCAUUAAGGAGAUGCGCCAGUUCUGCAAGUCGCUGUUCCCCGUGGUGGAGUAUGCCUAUUGCACCAUCCCAACGUACCCAAGCGGCCAGAUCGGCUUCAUGCUCUGCAGCAAGGACCCGAGCACGAAUUUCAGGGAGCCUGUGCAGCGGCUGUCCCCGGAGCAAGUGGACGCGAUGGGCCUUAAGUAUUACAACUCAGACAUCCACCGGGCAGCCUUUGUCCUACCAGAAUUUGCACGGAAGGCCCUGAGUACGGUGUGAAAGCUUUGUCGGGGGCAGCUCGGCCUCUCAACGUGGACCCCGAAGACUUCGACGUGAGGCCGUCGCGGCAGGGUUUCCUCCAGCGGGGGGCCUCAGCAGCUUCCCUCUGGCCCCCGGCCCGGCCAGCCCCACUUUGCCAGCCAAACAUUCCUUCCUGCGAUGUAUCGAAAGACUUUGGGGCUCACGCCUGGCGGGACUCCUGGGGGGAAGGCUUCGAUGGGGGUCCGUUGCUUCCGCGGUUUGUUCCGGGACUGGGGAAGUCACAAAGAGCUUCUCGGCCCCCUGCCCCCCACCCCCUGCCCUCAAAGUGCAGUAUUUAUAACUGACAAGUGUUCUCUCUUCCUGCUCCUCCGGCCCGUUGCCUGCCAGCGUGGAGAGGUCCAAAGCCCGGUUUCAAUAUGCUGCCGUCGGUGCCGUGGGGAGGGGAGGGGGAAGGCAUCACACACACACACACACACACACACACACACACACACACCUGGUCGGUUCCUUCUGGCUUCCCUGUUCCAUUUGCCUUCCCUGUUCCAUUUGCCAUAAGACGCACACGUCUCUCUCACCUCGCUGGCCCACUCCCAAGCCCAGACGUUCUGCUCUUGAUGGUAAGCCCGUUGCCUCCGGGGAGCACCGUUUCUAAUUGGCUUGGAGGAGGGAGCGGCUCUUUGGCCUUUCCCGGAAGGGAACUGUUCCCUGUUCCUAUCUUGAAUGAGAUCACGGGGGGAGGACCUGGGCAAACUGGGAAUCGUGGCUGGAAGGAACUGGGUGGCCUUUCUGGGCGGGCCGUUGACCCACCCAGGCCAGGUCAGCGAUGCUGUUGACCGCUUACCUUCUUCGUCCGUCCCCCACCCAGUCCCCUGAAAUUGCUGGGGGUAAGAAGCAUGUUUCCUCCAGGGCUGGGGCCGAGAAGCAGAUAGCUCAUCUUCGUGUUCCUAAAGUAGUUCCUUUUUUAAAAGAAAACCAAAACCCUCCCCUUCUGUUGGUGUUUCCCCCUCUAAUGGCCCUGCUGUUAAGAACAGGUGGCUAUCAAAGGCAGAGUUUAAGGAGAUCGUUGUGGGAACACAGUCCAUUCAUUUGGGGGGGCUUUGUCUGGAUGUUUGUAGGCCGGAGGCCGUUUUUCUGCCUGUUGACAUUUGCUGACAGGUCUCUUUUCCCUACGUUUAUAGACAGUGAUGCAAUGGGAAAUUAAGUAUGUUUUCUAGCUCUGGUUGUCAUAACAGAAGGUAUGCCCUUGGGGGGGAGGAGGGAAAGGAUUUAUUAGCAUCCCCUCUUCAAAGUUAAUGGUGAGGGGCUUCUGGGGUUGGUUUUUUUUUUUUUUGGUCCUGUUUCAUCUGUAUUGGGGGGGGGAGACAGAAAAAGAGACUCUAGUAGCUAUUCACGUUACCCCACGAUUCCUGGACAUUGAACACAGCAUCCUCUAUUCCGUUUACACUGGAAUUUGGAAUGAUAUGUAAAACUCAAGAUCAUGAGAAGAAAAAAACAUCUUCCCUUCUAGUUGUGUUCCUUUUUGCCUUAUGGAAGGGGAAGAAAGGAGUUCAGGGCUGGAGCCCGUGGUUUCCAUGCGCGAGGUUCCAGGCUCAGUACCAGCACCAGUGUUCCCUCUAAGCUGAGUGAGUGUGAGCUAGCUCACAGUUUUUU